AUGCUGAGCUCGCACUGCUGCCCCCCACUCUUCCCCGCUCACGCUGAGCCUGCCCCCGCCGCAGCGCCGCGCUGGGAGCCGCAGCCCCUCAGCUACCAGGAGCUGCAGUCGGAGCGGAGCGAGGUUCCCGUGUCGCGGCUGCUGGACGAGACGGCGCUCGGCCGCCCGGCCAAGGAGGACUCAGGCUGCGGCCGGCUGGUGUGGGUGGGAGAGCCCGUGGUGUUCGGCCGCGCCGACUCCAUCGCGGGCAAGUACGGCGUGUGGAUGAAGGACCCCGAGCCCGUGGCGCCCUUCACGCGGGACAACACCUGGCGUGUGGACACCGUGGGCACCGAGGUGCGCCAGCUCUUCCAGUACGAGGAGGCCGAGCAGCUGGCCCGGGGCUACCCCGCCAAGGUGCACAUCCUGCCGCGGCCCCUGGAGAGCACGGGGGCCGUCAUCUACCGCGGCGGGCUCUUCUUCCAGCCCCGCCACUCCCGCUCCGUGGCCCGCUACGACCUGCGGGGCGAGACCAUCACGGCCGAGAGGGAGAUCCCCGGCGCCGGCUACCACGGGCAGUACCCCUACUCCUGGGGGGGCUACACCGACAUCGACCUGGCGGUGGAUGAGACGGGGCUCUGGGUCAUCUACAGCACCGAGAAGGCCCGGGGAGCCAUCGUCCUCUCCAAGCUGGACCCCGAGACGCUGGAGAUCCGUCGGACCUGGGAGACCAACAUCCGCAAGCGGGGGGUGGCCAACUCCUUCCUCAUCUGCGGCACCCUUUACACCGUCAGCAGCUACUCGGCGCCCAACGCCACCAUCAACUUCGCCUACGACACUGCCACGGGCAGCAGCCGGGCCCUGAGCAUCCCCUUCGAGAACCGCUUCCGCUACCUCAGCAUGCUGGACUACAACCCUGCCGAGCGGCAGCUCUUCGCCUGGGACAGCUUCAACAUGGUCACCUACCCUGUCCGCCUGUCCCGGCCGUGAGCCGAGGCUGGCUCAGCCCCCGGGCGUGCCUUGGCACCCUGCUUCCCUCCCCAUUUCCACCUCGCACAGCCUGGGGUGCUGCCGGGGCCGCACGCAGCCCAGCCGCAUCCCCUUGUGCUCAAGUGCAGCAGAGAGAGAUGAAGCGCUGCUCCAGAGCCUGGCAGAGCCAGGGAAAUGCCUCUCACCAGCCUCGGUGGGUUUCAGAUGGGUCACAGCAGCACCCAGCCUGGCCACUCCAAAACUGGAGCAGGCAUGGUGAGGGCUGGGCAGAACAGGUGGUAGAAGGGCUGUGCAGGAAGAUCCUGCCUUAAAAUAAUGUUUUUCCCUCGUUGUGAGCAGCGAUCCCCUCUGUGGGGUCAGGGUUUGUUGUUGCCAGGCUCCCGCCCCGCAGAGCUCUCAUGCAGAGAUCCCACAGGCUCCACUGGCAUCCCACACUCCCAGUGCCCAAGGGCAGCCUGGAGCUCAGCCACCUCCAAAAAUCAUCAAGUAGGUUCAAAAGCAGCAGAAAAGACAGACAUGCAUUGCACAAGCCUUGUUUUAUUGAGGGGAAAAAAAAAAAAAUCGGCCAGGAGAGCAGGGGUGAGGAGUGCUGGCAGAGCAUCCUGCAGCCGGGUGGCCUCUUGGUACCCAGCCCUUCCAGCCAUGUGCUUCAGCUUUACAGGCCAUUCCAGGCCAGCAGCUCUCCCCACAGCAGUCCAGAGCACGCUGUUUUAUCUAUUUAUUGUAGAAAGCUUGUAGGAGGAGGCUUCUUUCCCCCUCUGGCAUUCAGGGCAGCAGGAAUCACAUUCCCCAGGGGCUGCAUUGGUCCUGGCCCAAUAAACAUUGCCCAGCACCACUGCUGCCUUCCACCUUGUCAUUCCAAGCCUGUUUUCCAAGGAGUGUGGUGGGCUGGUGCAGGGAGCUGUAAAGCUUUGAGCAUGAAAAUGCUACAUUUUGGAAGGCAGCUCCUGAGAGCAAUACACCAGGUAUUAGAGCAGAGGAAAAGGACAGAGAACACAGUUCUCUGUCAGGGACACUUGUGAUGAUCACCUGCAGGGAUUUUCAGUGGGAUGCUUCACCCCAUUGCUGUCCUCCUGAGACUAAAACUGUUCUUUUAAGCGUAGCACUGUGUAUUUGCAUAGCACAAUGAAGCAUUUGGUUUAUCCAUCAUCCCCACCCAUGCUUUUAUUUUGAAAAAAUACA